CGCUGAAGGGGACAGCAAACGGAGACUUGCCCCUUUUGUGUACUUUCUCCAAACCUGAGCCAAUAAAUCAGCUCUCCCUCCGCUGACUCAUGCACAGGAACUGCGGGGUUUGGUGCCAAGUUUGGAGAACCCGAAGGCCAUUUCUCUGCCAGGGAAGCUGCUCUCUAACCAAGCCUUGGGAACCAAGCAAGAUCUGCUAGUGAGCCUCCGGCCUUGAAAAUUGACAAGAGUGUCUGAGAACCCCAUCCAGCUCUCCAAUGGCCAGCAACAACACGGCCAGCAUAGCACAAGCCAGGAAGCUGGUAGAGCAGCUGAAAAUGGAAGCCAACAUCGACAGGAUAAAGUUGUCCAAGGCAGCUGCAGACUUGAUGGCCUGCUGUGCGGCGCAUGCCAAGGAGGACCCUCUGCUGACCCCAGUCCCGGCCUCAGAAAACCCCUUUCGUGAGAAGUCCUUCUGCACCAUCCUUUAAGCCUCUGAGAGGAGGCAGAAAAGCGCUGGGGCUCCUGGGACAUUGAUGUAGAGUUCCUAGCAAAGUGGGCGCCUUUCUCGUCCACAGCAUUUAAAGAGAGAAAGGAGAACCAUCAUGGACACUCGGGCUGUGCUUGUUUAAAGAACUGUCCCUUUAUGAGAAUGGAAGCCGAUUCCACAUCCCAGCUUUAGAGAUCUGACCCUGCAGACCUGCCUAGAGGAGGGGAAUGUAUAAAAAACAAAAUCAAUGUCACUUCUUUUCUGCUAUCCCUCUAAGACCUUACAUUUCUGCUUCGUGUUUAAAAACAAAAUAAACAUUAAAGCUGGUGUUCUGAGUUGA